GAUAGCUAGCCGCCCCAUUUCUGCCCUAAGCCGCCGCACAAUUCUACAAACUCGACGCCACUAUCGUCUGCUAGGGUUUUUCUGAUAACGAAGAAACCUUCGCGACGAUUGUUGAUCUCUAUUUAAUUUUCGGGUAUCCCUGCUUGUUCUGAUCCAUUCCCUUAUUUUUCAUCUCCUCCUUUUUGGUGUUUGGGGUUUAAGGUCUUAGCGGGAUGUCGGACGACGAAGCGAGGGAGGAGAAGGAGUUGGAUCUCACUUCCCAAGAUGUUGUCACCAAGUACAAGACCGCGGCCGAGAUCGUCAACAAGGCCCUUCAACUGGUGGUCUCUCAGUGCAAGCCCAAAGCCAAGGUUGUCGAUCUCUGCGAAAAAGGCGACUCCUUUAUCAGGGAGCAAACUGGUAACGUGUACAAGAACGUAAAGAGAAAGAUUGAAAGGGGCGUAGCAUUUCCUACGUGCGUCUCUGUCAAUAACACAGUGUGUCAUUUCUCGCCCCUUGGCAAUGACGAGACUAUUUUGGAAGAGAAUGACAUUGUUAAAAUUGACAUGGGGUGUCAUAUAGAUGGGUUUAUUGCUGUGGUGGCACACACUCAUGUGAUACAGGAAGGACCAGUGACUGGUAGAGCAGCGGAUGUGAUUGCUGCAGCCAACACUGCUGCAGAAGUUGCCUUGCGCCUUGUGAGGCCAGGGAAAAAGAAUAAGGAUGUCACAGAAGCUAUUCAGAAGGUAGCUGCAGCUUAUGAUUGCAAAAUUCUGGAAGGAGUUCUUAGUCAUCAGCUGAAACAGUUCGUCAUUGAUGGUAACAAAGUAGUUCUAAGUGUUGGAAAUCCAGAAACUCGUGUUGAUGAAGUAGAAUUUGAAGAAAAUGAAGUAUAUGCGAUUGAUAUUGUGACAAGUACAGGUGAAGGAAAGCCAAAACUUUUGGAUGAGAAGCAAACUACUAUUUAUAAAAGAGCUGUCGAUAAAAACUAUCAGCUGAAAAUGAAGUCUUCCAGGUUUAUUUUCAGUGAGAUAAGCCAAAAGUUCCCAAUCAUGCCAUUUAGUGCAAGGGUUUUGGAAGAGAAGCGAUCUCGGCUUGGACUUGUUGAAUGUGUGAACCAUGACCUUUUACAGCCAUACCCUGUGUUGCAUGAGAGACCUGGGGAUCUUGUUGCACACAUUAAAUUUACAGUAUUAUUGAUGCCAAAUGGGUCGGACAAGAUUACCUCUCACCCGCUUCAGCUGCUGCAGCCUACCAAAUCGAUUGACGACCCUGAAAUUAAGGCAUGGCUGGCCUUGGGAAUAAAAACAAAGAAGAAGGGUGGAGGAAAGAAGAAAAAAGGCAAGAAAGGAGAUUCUCAAGAUGACUCGGCUGAAGCUGAACCGAUGGAUACUUCAAAUAGCACGACUGCUUAGCUGACAAGAAGCAAAAAAUUUUGUAUUGUUAUUUGAACCUCCCAACUUUUCAUGAAUUUUAUUUCAAAAUGAUUAUGGAAACUAUAAUACAGUACUUUGUUUGAGAUGAAAAGCUUUUUGCCAUCUA